AUGGCUUCCUGCGGAGAAGAGCUGUUCUGUGAAAUAGACAAGCUUCGUGUUCGUCUGUUAAGCAGUGUUGGAGAUAUGACAGAAAGCCAUCCUGAAGCUGCCGAGGGAGAAAUCAGUCAGGGUGAAACUCUAUCAAGAAUUGAAAGUGUGAUCCUGGGAGUAGUGACCAGUCUGUCCAAUAAUGAGGCUCCUGUUCUGGUGCUGCCCAACAGAUCCAGUUGGGCCAAUGUCAGUUUUGACAGCGCCAUUGGACUUCAGAUGAAUUCAGAACAUUCUGUCAUCUCCAUUAGGAGCGACUGCCCUUCAUCUGCCACAAAAUUUGCGCAAAUUCUCAAGAUCCUCUCUGUCGUCUACAAACUGGUGCAGAGCAACUCGUACGCAACAAAAAGGGACAUAUAUUACAACGACACACGGCUGUUUGCGUCCCAGACGUCUGUGGACAGGAUAAUAGACGACAUCUCCUGCAUGCUGAAGAUUCCUCGCCGAUCACUGCAUGUGUUUGCCACAUCCAAGGGUUUAAUCUCAGGUGAACUGUGCUAUUUGGAGGAGGACGGUACACGGAUUGACUGCCGCUCCAGCUCCGCUGCUAUUCCAGUUUCAUCAAACAUCAGUGGGAUCAGGAAUAUCGUAUCAUCUGCAAAAUUUGUCCUGAUCGUUGAAAAAGAUGCAACGUUCCAGAGACUGCUGGAUGAUGACUUUUGCACAAAGAUGUCUCCUUGCAUCAUAAUUACAGGUAAAGGUGUGCCUGACGUGAACAGCAGGUUGAUGGUGAGAAAACUUUGGGACACGCUGCACAUCCCCACCUUUGCUCUGGUGGACGCUGACCCUCACGGCAUUGAGAUCAUGUGUGUCUACAAAUACGGAUCGGUGGCAAUGUCAUUUGAGGCCCACAGUCUGACCGUCCCGAGCGUUAUGUGGCUAGGCCUCCUCCCCUCCGACCUGCAGAGGUUACGAGUUCCCGAGGAGUCCUUGAUUCCCCUCACCAAGAGAGAUGAAAGCAAACUGAACAGUCUGCUGAAGAGAUCGUACUUAACCAACCAGCCGGAAUGGCAGAAAGAGCUGGAACUGAUGCAGCAGAGUAAGGUCAAGGCUGAGAUUCAGUCCCUGGCUGCCAUAGAUCCUGACUUCCUCACCAACAUCUACCUGCCUAACAAGCUUCUCUACGGAGGCUGGGUUUGA